AUUUUCGUUUCGUUUGCGUCGGUUGUUUGGUCGGGUUUUUUGCGUGCAUGCAGAAUAAAUAUAAUCCAAACAUGUGCCUUUAAAAUUUUAACAAUUUGUAAUUAGUUUGCGACACGCCAUUAGAAAAUUAAGUUUAGUUGAAUUUAAAGGCCAAAAUGCCAUCAGUGUGCACAUUCGACCUGGAUCACCGUGAUCCAAUUUACUAUAGCGGAGAGGUAAUCAAUGGACGCAUUAAUCUCCAUACAGACUCCAACAAGUCGGUGAAUGAGGUCUAUAUACUCUUUCGUGGCGAGGCAAAAGUGAGUUGGAACGAACACAAGACGAGGACCAGCAAUGGCAAGACGCAACAUUACACUGAGAAUUAUCGGGGCAAGCAAACGUAUUUGAGAACCCGCACCCAAGUGUUCGGAUCGGGGGAUCUGCCUUCUGGCGACCACCAGUACACCUUCUGCAUACCCCUGCCACUGGAUUGCCCGACAUCGUGCGAUAUGAAAUACGGAAAGAUCUUCUAUGAGAUCUCGUUAGUCAUCGACAAGCAGUGGGGCUUCAAUAAGGACUUUAAGCAGCCACUGACGGUGAUUCAAACCUACAACCUAAAUAUUUCCCCAGAUUUGUUGAUACCCCUAGUUCGCGAGGAUGUUAAGUAUUUCUGCUGUUGGCCCUGCACAUCAGGACCGGUUCUGUCCACCCUCACCAUACCGUUUGGUGGCUAUGCGCCCGGCCAGAAGAUUCACUAUAGCCUGGAGAUAGACAACAAGUCGGGUGCCUAUGAUUUGGAUGGCUUCGAGCUGCAGCUGAAACAAGUAAGCCUGUUCAAGGCCCAAACUCCGCAUUACAAGACGCGCGAUAUCGACAAGAGACUCUAUGGCUGCUGCAAAGGAGAGCGAGUGCUGCGUUUCUCCAAGCGCGUCAUCAGUGGCACCUUGCUCAUUCCGUCAGUGCCGCCCACCACUAGGACUGACUCCAUCAUAGCCAUCAGCUACAGGGUACUCUUUUCAAUCAAAAUGGGCGACUGCCACAUGGACUCUGAGUUCGAUGUUCCCAUUGUGAUUGGCACCAUACCACUAGCGCAGAGCGCUGAGGAUCCCACACAUGUGGCCGAAUGGAUACCGCAUACGCCCGACACACCAGCGGGAGCGACUGGUGGGGAUAUGCCACCUAGCUAUGAGAAUUGCAAGCCGCCCACCUUUGAAGAGGCCACAAACCUUGGCGACAGGUUCAUCGACACGGACGUGGACGAGCAAAAUCCUACGAAUGACUUCAUACCCCGCUAUCCCAUGUACACGAACUUUGCCCAGCCCACGGCACCGCCAGAAUCGAACGAAUCCCCGCUCUCCUCUGAUGUACCUAUUCUGUCCCUGCCCCAUGGCGCGACUGCCCCACCUAAUGCAGAGAGCUCGAAUGGAGCCACAGAAAGUGGUACAUCUUAUGGUUGGACUGCCAAUACAUAGGAGCCUACCUCAGUCAGAAUUUGUGAUAAAUAAGAAUCUUGAUUGUCGGGCGAUCCAUUUUAAGAUAUUUUUUUUAGCCUUUAAUACGCCCUUAGGUAUGCAAAAAAACGCUUUAAACGCUCUCAAUUAUAAUGUUUAUUUUGUUUUAGUUUAAAUGAUUUUAUGUACUUAUAAGAACAUUUGUAUGCACUAUGAUCAAUGAUAAUUAAGACCAAUUAAGACUCACAACACGUGUCAGGAAAAGAUAUACUCCCACAAAAUGCUAAAAAAGCAACAUUUCAUAUUGUUUAGGUAUAUUUUGGAAUACGAACACUCUCAAAUAUAAGCACAUAUAUUUGUA